AUGGGAACUGGAAGUGGAGGAAUGAAAGCAUAAUCAUUAUAAGAUUAAUUAAAAUAACAAUAAUAGAAAUAGGUGAAGUCAGCAAAAUAUCCACCUUUUUCUGAGAAUGAAGUUUUUACUCUUUAGAAAAAAUUUAAAAUUCUUGAUAAGAAUUCAAGAUAAUCAAUUAAAUUAGAAGAAUUUAGAGAGUUGUUAGAAAUAAGAAUGCAUUUCUUCAGAGAAAGAAUUUAUACUUUAAUUGAAGAGGAUAUGAAGAAGUAUUUCUUCAAAAUAUAGUGUAUAGACGAAAAACAGAAACAAUGGAUUUUGCAACAUUUAUGCAAUAUUUGACUGUUUUUCAUCCUUUAGCUGAUGUAGAUAUGAAAAAAGAUUAUAUGUUUAGAAUAUAUGAUUUGGAUUAGGAUGGUAAAAUAACAAAAGAAGAUUUAACAGAGGUGUUUAAGAUUUUAUUUAUGAAAAGUUAAACAUCGGCAAAUUAAAAGAAAUCAAUGAGACCUUAAAUAUUUUAAACAAAUUUUAUGAAUAAAGAUUAUGUUGAGAAAUUAGGAAAAGAUAUUAUGAAUAUAGUAGAUGAUGAUAAAUCAAAUUCAAUUGAAUUAGAAGAAUUUGUUAAAAUGUUUACAGAUACAGAUUUAAAAUUUAGAAUGAAUAUUGUAUUUUGA